AGGUGGGGUUGGCUGGUUGCGCGGGGCGACUUCCCUCUUCGCCCCGCGGCGACGUCAACCGAGUGGAGCAGAGCAGAGGUCAGCGCGCCGCAGUAAAAGUGAUAUUAUGACUGAAGGAGGCCAAAAAGAACCAAGUACUUCUCCGUGGGGGUGGAAGAAACAAAGGAGGCCGGCGCCGUCGCGCAGCAGGGAGGGGUCCGUCAGGACAAAUUCUUUUUAGGCAAGGGGAGCGAAGAAAAUUAAUUUGGCGCAUUCGGCUGAGAGUGAAAAUGAGUGCGACCGGCGAGAAGCAGUACUACUUGAAAUGGAACAACUUUUCCGACAACAUUGUGACGUCGCUGGAAACUCUGCGCGGCGACGAAGACUUUGUGGACGUGACCAUCGCCUGCGAGGGCCACAGCCUCAAAGCGCACAAAGUCGUCCUUUCCGCGUGCAGCCAGUACAUAAGAAAACUGCUAAAAGAAAACCCGUGCGCACACCCGAUUAUCAUUUUGAAAGACGUGGCGCUGGCCGAGUUGACUGCCCUUGUCUCUUUCAUGUACAAUGGACAGGUGCUGGUGUCUGAGGACCAGAUUCCGCAGCUCAUCAAGACGGCCGAAAUGCUGGAAAUUCGAGGCCUUGCUGAGAUCACCAAAGAAGCGCGGAGAACAGAAACGAAAAUGGAGAUCAAAGACGAAAAUUAUCCGACAGAGGCCAAACGGCCCUGCCCCUCGAACGGCCAGCACGAAGGCCAGCCCGCGCCCAGUGCGUGGUCGAAGGAGAAGAAACAGGAGAGAGAAUUAAUGGGCGAGUCCGAGGAGGACGAUGACGAAGACGACAACGAUUUUUGCGAUGAGGACGACGAGGAAAACGGAGAUUUUGAGGCGCAGAACCGCGAGAUGCAGGUGGCCAGCGUCAUCGAGACCCUCAACAACCAACACCGCAUGCAGCAGCAGCUCCUCCAACAUGAGCAAAGGAAGGCAGCCGAAUUUGGCGGCACCAUCACAGACGAGGGAGGGGGAGGAGGCCAAACACAGAGCAGGGUAAUGGCACUGCCAAGCAGCUCCCACCGACCUGUCGACAUUGCAACGCGAGUUAGUCAAAUGGAAGACGCGAUGAUGCCGGGCGACGUCCUGGUGAUCGGCGAAACUCACAUCACAACAGCACGGUGCGUGCCCUCGCGACCCUCCAAGCCACCGAUUGGCGCCGCCUUGGAGUUUAAGGUGGCCGAAGAGCAACGCCUUUCGAUGGAAAUGAGCCUCCGGCUGCAAGUCCAACGGAAACUCGAGGCCGAAAGACUCAGGGCCAUGGAAAGGCUGCGACACGCGGAAGCAGGACUGAUGAAUGCCGGCCCAAUGGAUUGCUCAACUUAUCCCAGUAUGACGAAUGGUGGUCACGAAAUGAACGGUCACCAUCACCACCACCACCAUCGAGACGAAGGACUGAACCACCACCAGCCACCGCCGGUGGUGGCAGCGCCUGCUCCUCCGCAAAUGACAGCGCCGGCGUUAAACCUGCCGCUGUCGCCGGACUUGCAACUGAAGAUGCUCAUGUGUAGGGACUUCAAAAAGUACACCAACAUGCUGUUGGUCGCCGUCUUUGGCCGCGAAGUGCUCGCCACGCACUGUCUCAAUGGUAGCAAGGGCAGUGCUAAGCCCAGGCUUGACACGGAAAAAGUCACCAGAGUGAUAGCCACUGUGAUGGAGAAGUUUGACGUUCCUGCCAGCACGGUCCGCGAGGCGAUCCGAGUCAAGCUCAACAACGAGGACAAACUGAAGAAACGCUCGAAGCGCACGGCCAACUCGCUGAUUUAGCUGUGGGCGACGCGCGGCGCGCAGAAACGAAAACGUCCUGCCAUAUAAAACUGAGAAACCAACGCAAAAUAAGUAUACUCGAUCUCCCUCUAUCUCUCGAUCUAUUACGAUCUAAAAAAUAAAAUAUAUCUCUUUCCCUCUCACUCUCCUAAAAACUCUCACUUUGUCGGAAAAGUUGCUCGAUAUUUAGAAAAGCAAAAGUUUAAAACACCCCUCACUCACUUUUGGAAAGAGAAAAAAAUAUUUUAUUCCCACGCCCAAAUGUUUGGUGUUGACAAAAGGUGUAAAAUAUAGAAAUUGCGCUCUCGUGGACAACUUAAACUUUCGAUGAACUAUAGAGACAUUGGCGAUCGAAGAUUAAAAAUAUAUCCCGAAGUUGUCCAUUCUUUCAAAAAUUGCGCUCGCUUCAAUCGUUUUAUCCACAUAGCAACUUACAAUUGCAAAGAGAAGAAGAGCUCGAAGUUUGAAAUUUAAAUGAGUUUAAAAAAAAUGUUUAAGUUUGUAUUUAAAUAAAUUUUGUUCAAUUUAAAUUGAUUGAUUAAACGAUUUCAAAGCGAGCGCAAUGUACGUGUUGCUUUCUAGCAAGAUGUUUAGCAACAAACACGACUCACCCUUUUGGCGUAUACUAUGUCUUAUAGACUUGGCAAAACGAACCGUAAAUACCUCAACCGUUGUAGCGAUAUAUUAUUACAUGGCUUUUUUGUAUACUUAACAACGUUGAACGGAUAUAUAACGAAAAAAAUAACUGCGUUUGAAAAACACACUGACACGAAAUUCACGAUCGACACUUCUUCUUACACACCCACUUUAACGAAAAGUAAAUUAAAUUUCCACACACUCUUUCGAGACAUUUAAUGUUUUGUAUAAAAUAUAUAGCGACGAAAGGUACGCGUUUGAAAAAUUAUUAUAUAUCUCAAGAAGAACACACAGACAAAAGAUAAUAUCUCUAACAAAGUUCAACUCUUUCAUCCUUAUACAAUGUAUAAACAAUGAAACUCAGGGUUAUUGAAGUUAAUACAACAUCCCCUGCGAUGUAAAACACGGUACAAAAAACCAUACCAAUUAAAACAACAUUGACACACACACACAUCUCAUGAUACAAUUAAUUCUUUACUCGCUAAUUACAAAUUUCAACUGGCAAAACGUCUUUAAAAUUGUCAAACAAAUAAAUAAUUUCAAAUUCAAAAUACUCAUUUUAGAAUCAAAUAAUUUUUAAAGCCAGUGCAUAUUUUAACUAGCGACGACGACUGUACCCCUCUAGAUUUAAGUGGCAAAGUUAAUUUUGUAACUCCCAUAUAUAUAAAGUAAAAUAAAAACUCUCAGACAAACAAUACAUAAAUAACACACAAACACUCACAAGCAGAUUUCUACUCCAGCGCAGGGAUUUAGCAAAACAUUCACACGAAAUAUACGACAUGUGCUAUUUUUUAAGCGGUAGAAAUAGACAGUCUUCCCAUAGAAACCCAGCGAUAUCUGUACCUGCAGCGCAUUAUACCUUUUAAGCUCUUUUUUUACAGUGUAAGCAUUUUUAUAUGCGAACAAUUAAAUAAUCUAAGCUCGUUGGGCCCUUUGGAAUCUUGCGCGCGGGGCCUUGGAUUGGGCUCCAAAAUAUAGGGAGCAAAUACGAUAUUUUUUACAAAUCGCAAGGCUCCAUCGGACCUAACGAGAUCGUCAAAAGUUAACCAAACCGCAAAACCAGUAUAAAAACCAAUCCGUCAACGCGACAGCAUUUGCGAUUUUCUUCCAAUUUUAGUGGAAGUUUAAUUCCGUACGCUGGGCUGCGUUUGAGCAAAAAAUGUAUUUUUUACCAACGAGCUCACCCGAAAUAAUUCCACUCUAUGAAACCAACAAUUUAAAAUGACGCAGUACAAACAGAAGGGCAUUUUUAAAUAAUUCAAACAAUCCUGUAUGAAGACAUCUGCUAUCAGUUUUUACCCGAAAUAUACCUCAAGAAAAUGGACUGUUUGUCAAAUUUUAAUUCAAAUAUGAAAGACAGAGUUUGGGUGUGACGCGGAGAAACCAAACAUUAAUUAAAUUACAAUGAAAUGAACUUUUUCGUCAGCUAAUGUAAAAGAAGUUUGAGAAGAAUAAUUUAAUUUUUCUUUUUAAUUAGUGGGAAAAUAUUUGACAACCAUUCCGCCGCUCCACGCCCCUUUGUCCAAUUACGUUUUGACAUACCUCAAAGAUGCAUAUAUUACUUCUUAAGUAUAACGAGAUUAUUGUGCGUAUAUUUAAUUAAUUGUGAAGCAAGAGGAGAGCCUACGUAAAUGUAUACCACGAGUCAAAAGUAUAGACGCUUGAUGUUUCGUGUUAAUGGAAAAAGUCUCACGAGAAACCUCAAAAAUUGCAUUAUUCUCUCGACAUACGGAAGAAAUAAAAAUUUUGUUUUUGGACGACAUUUUUCAAGCAAGCACAGUGUAAAACAAUAGCGCCGACCAUUAUUACCUCCUCCAGUAGAGUACAAAAUCUCGCAGAUUUAUUAAAUAAUUAAUUACCACUCUCGCAGGUACAAACCAAAUACGUCAAAAAAACUACUGAAAACACAAAGCAAUAGACAAAUUUUGUACUUUAUAUAAUUUUGCAAUUGUUGCGCCAACUUUUCAGAGGGUUGAUAACGGAAAGUGAAUCAUGAGAAGGUGAACGUUGAUGUAGUUUUUUUUAUAGAUUUAUAUUUACGCCUUAAUUAAAUUAAAUUUGAUUGGCUUCAUCUGUGAUUAUGUGAGUGGCGUGUGCGUUUUUUGCAGCGGUGCCGUGCGAGACUCUCCGGUCUGGGCUAAGUUUGGUCAAAGCAGGGGCCUUAAUUUUUGUAUUCCACAGAACUUGGCUCACACCGGACUGCAGAGGCGCGGAUCGCGAUGGAAAAUUUUCGGUCAGCGCGCACCACUUAAAACUCGAAAUUGAAAAUUUUAAACGAAAAAUAUACGCGUGAAAAAGAAUUAAUCAAAAUAAGUGAUGGAGCAAAAGUGUCUCAGAAAGAAACACUUCAUAGCUGAUUUAUGUGAUUGGAAUUGGAAAUGAAUUGUGAUUGACUAAAAAGUGAUUUUAUUAUGAUAAAGCGUUAACAAUUUGGCAAGAUCGGAUAAAGAAAUUGAUUGCUGGUUUCGAUUGAUUGAUAUUUAAUUACUCGGCUUUGGUCAUGUAGAUUUUAAGGAAGAAGCAGAACUGUUCAGGACACUUAAAAACUGUUAUCGAUUUGAAAAAAAUUCAGAUUUAAAUUGUAAUGAAACUCUGAUUGUGAGGCAAAAAUGCUUUCCAAAAAGAAUUGUGGAAACUUUGAAGCGGACAAAAAAAAAACUACUAAUCGUAAGGAAAAAACUCGUAUUGAAUGUUAAUGGAAAGUUGUAAUAUUUAUGACGAUGGUG